GCUGCUAGUUUAGUUCUGUCCUCUUUUGUCACCACAUAGCAGCAUUGGUGAUGUUUCAAAAAAUGAAGGGAGCAAGGAUGUCUUGAAAUUUUGGAUUGACUAAGUGAUAUCCAGGUAUAAUGAAGGUCAUAUCUUGCUCUUUAUCUGGAUACCUUGUGACUAUUCUCUUACAGAUAACAGCACUCACCUCAGCACAAUUUGUAGUGCAUGGCACAGUGAAGCCUGUGGUGGCCACACCGGGUGAACAGGUUGACUUGCAUUGCCAGCUUUCUCCGCCACAGAAUGCCUCACUCAUGGAAGUGCGCUGGUUCCGAGACCGCUACACGCAGCCUGUGUACCUGUAUCAGGGAGGAAAAGACAUGUACAUAGAAAUCAUCAAAGAGUAUGUUGAACGAACAGAGUUUCUGAAACAGUCCAUUGAGGAGGGCAAAGUGACCCUAAGAAUCUACAAUAUUAGUCCUUCUGAUGCUGCGAAGUACCACUGUUUCUUUAAAAAUAGUGACUUUUAUGAAGAAGCCAUUAUGGAUCUAAAGGUGGCAGCUCUAGGUUUAGAGAUACAGAUUCAAGUAAAUAAUACAGACAGAAAGGAGAUAAUGUUGACGUGUAAGUCAGGAGGAUGGUUUCCCAAACCUCAGAUACAGUGGACGGAUAGCAACAGACAAAAAAUUCCACUUUCAUCAGAAUCCUACUCACAAGAUGAAUCCAAAUUAUUCCACAUAACCACUACUGUUAACCUUACUGACAGUUCCAAAGAAAGUGUUACCUGUCAUUUUCUGAAUCCAGUAACUGGCCAGGAGAAAUGGACAAGCAUUGAACUAUCAGAUACUUUGUUCCCAGAGGAAACCUGGUUUUCAAUUUUUUUGAUAAUCAUCUCCAUGCUACUACUUAUCAACUAUGUGUCAUGGUUCUAUUUAUCAAGACCGUGGAAUUCUUACAAAAUGUUUGUUUUAAUGAUCAUGGGUAUCGUGACUUUUAUGGUUACAAAUGUUACCUACCUGUCCUUCAUAAUGAAAGGUCCUGAUUUUCCAUCCAGCAAAGUUAUAAGGGAGGCUUGCUAUGUGGUCGGAUUUGCAAUGGCAAUGUUUGUCACCAUGGUUAUUUCUUUUCUAUAUCUCUUACUGAGAGAUCUUAUUGGUCAGCAUUCUGGGCGAAUUGUAAACAUUGAUUGCAUUUUCAUAAGGCUUCUAUCAAGAUGUUUUCCAGGACUGCCAUCUCAUCUGUAACUCAAGAGACCCUUCCAAAUUCCUUCAGGAAGAGAAUUGAGCCUUCAAGACCAAGAAGGUGAGACUACACAUCAAGAAUAGCUCAAUAAGAAACAACGUGGAUGGCCAGGUGCAGCAGCUCACACCUGUAAUCCUAGUACUUUGGGAGGCCAAGGCCAGUGGAUUGCUUGAGCUCAUGAGUUCGAGAGCAGCCUGAGCAAGGCAAAGAGCCAUUUCUUCUAAAAAUAGAAAAACUGAAGCCAGAGGAUCACUUGAUCCCAAGAGUUGGAGGUUGCUGUGAGCUAUGAUGAUGCCAUGGCACACUACUCAGGGCAACAGGUUGAGACUCUGUCAAAAAAAAAGAAAGAAAGAAAGAAAGAAAGAAAGAAAGGCUUCUGGACAACUAAGAGAAGGACAGUUACCACAUCUUCUUUUCAAGUGUAACACAUGGAACACUACACAAUUAAUUUUGGUUCAUUCAUAAUGGUUAGUAUCUCAUAAAGCAUGUAAAGCUUUGAUAUCUGUGCUCAUUAUGUCAUUAAAAACCAAACUGUAUGAAAUUACUAAAAUUGUAUACAUUACAAUAUAAAAGAUAUGCUGUAAUCAAAACAACAUAGAAAAGUUGACAUUAAUGUAUGGGAGAAGAUGUCAGGAAAGUAACACAAUAAAGAUUUGAUAGCAGUGUUAAUAUCAAAACGUUAAGGCAAUAUAAAAUAGCAAGAAUAUAAAAUAAAUAAGACCUUGAACAUACACUAAAAAAAGCUUCAGUAAUUAAGGUAAUUGACAGAAUUAAUAGCAGUAACUGAUAAAGCUCAGAAAUCUAUUCAUGCAUACGAACAAUUAGACUAUGAAUUUAAAUUACAAUAAACUAAUUAAAAUUUUAAUUUUAUACCUUCUCCCAAAUUGAGAUUGGACAUGAUUUUCAAAUGUUUGAAGAUAAUUUUUAAAUGUAAGCCAUGUACUAAAUCUUAGAUAAAUUCAAAAUAAAUGCUAAGAUACUAUACCAUAAGGUAUGACACGUGUCAAAAUGAAAUAAAAUGAGAAAUAUCCUUACUAUCAUUGCAACAUGUGUAAGUGCAUAUGGUGGUACUGACAAAAUACACCCUAUAUAUUUUUAUUUGGGGUAUACUAAUAAUUUAUAGACCAUAAAAUGAACUUCUUUAAAAUGUAUAAUCCAGUGAGGGUUCUUUAAAGUACAUUAGCAAAUUUGUACAACCAUCAUCACUAAUUCUACAAUAUUUUUGUCAUCUAUGCACAGAUAUGAUACCCAUUACAAGUCACUCCUGAUAGCCCUCUUUCCCCAACCACCUGGAAACCACUAAUCUCCUUUCUCUCUAUGGAUUUUCCUGUUUACGUUAUUUGAUAUAAAUAGAGUCAUACAAUAUGUGAGCUCUUGUGUCUGGAAUAAGCAUGUUUUCUUU